AUGUUAUCGAAAAAGAAGAAAAGAUUGUUGAAGAGUGUCUCUCCCCAGCGAAAGAAAUCGAGGAGUAUUCCUUUUGAACGCCAUGAGGAAAUGCACCGAGACGUCGAAACAACAAGUAUUCGGGAGCGAGCCGGUGCGACUCCUACUCCAUUCGAAGUUUGUUCAUACCGUCCUCCAGCAACUGCCGAAGAUGCUAUAAGCGGAGAAGUUUUGGUCGAAAGAACGUCAACUGAAGAAAGGCCUCCGAUACCGUGCCCACGCUGUGAAGGGGAAGAGCACAUCAAAUCCGAAACGCCUUUACUUGACCGUACCAUCUACUAUGAACGGGAAGUUGUUCAAGGCGAAAAGACUCCGGAAAGAGCAAGCAGACAUCCGUCUCGUCAGACUCUCGACAUUGACGAGGAGAUCGCUCACGCAAAUCGAAAAGUGGAUAGUAAACUUCAAGAAUACGCUGCGCCCCCACCUCGUAGCCCUCAGCCCUCGAUACAGAGCUCCGUUCAGGAAAGAAGAGUGGAAGAACGGCGAAGCCUUGAAGAGAAGAUGUCCUCAAAAAAGGAGCACAUCACAAAAUCUGAGCGUUUCUUGGAGGCACCGAAAGCACAUUCGGAGAAAAGAGGAUCAUUCAUAACAGCCGAAGCUGGGGAUGCGCAAAGGUCGAGGGAUUCAAGUUUCGAACACAAGAAGUAUGAACGCACUUCUUAUGCUGCUCGAAGCACUCACUCAAUUUCUGAUCGCUCGAAUCACAGCCAGGGCUAUCGCCAAAGUAGCGCCGUUCGCGAACAUGAAAAAACUAUGAUGCAAGAACGAAAAACGGUGCGGGACGUUCCCAUUUACACUUUAGCACCACCUCGUCGAGAUGAGCCACCACCUCGCCGCAGUUCCACCCAGAAGGCUCCACCACCAAGCCGCAAGGACGUUUGUGGAGAGCGUCGUCCCCCAAUCACUGAAAUCAUAACAACAGAGAGAUUCGAGCGAAUCGAAAGAGUUCGACGACGAUACCCUGUCACGCCCGUUUAG